AAUAUUAAAUAAAAUAAAAUAAUAAAAAAAAACAAAAACCAAAAAUAAAAUGAACACAGCCGGAAAAGGUGGAAAAGCCAAAGGAAAAACUGCAUCUUCUAAAUAAGUAUCAAGAUCUAACAGAGCUGGUCUUUAAUUCCCUGUAGGAAGACUUUCAAGAUUCUUAAAAUAAGGAAGAUAUGCCUAAAGAGUAGGAAGUGGAGCCCCUGUAUAUAUGGCCGCAGUAUUAGAAUAUUUAGCUGCUGAAGUACUUGAAUUAGCCGGAAAUGCUGCCAAAGAUAACAAAAAAAGUAGAGUUGUCCCAAGACACAUUUUAUUAGCUAUUAGAAAUGAUGAAGAAUUGAAUAAAUUAAUGUCAAAUACUACUAUUGCUGAUGGUGGUGUUUUACCAAACAUUAACCCAAUGUUAUUACCUUCAAAAACUAAAAAGUCAGAAACUGGAUAAGCUUCUUAAGAUGUUUGAAAAAAAUAAAUUAAUAGUUUAUUUGAAAAAUAUAAAAAAUAAUAAUAAACACAAUUAAAGUCGAUUAUAUAAAUAUAUAUAUAUAUAUAUAUUUAUAUUGUUUAUUUAUUUUUUAAUUUUUUUUAAUAUUCAUUUUUUA